CCUGCCCUUUGAAGCCUAUCUGUCAAAACUGUGUUUCCUGUUUAACAAUUUUACAUACGCUAACCGUACAUUGCAAACUAUUUUAAGCAGAUUGAAAAUGCUUCUUCUUCUAAGUUGUUGGAUUAUUGCAGGGAUUACAGCAGAGGACCCACCAAUGAGGCACUACGGGUUGAAAAAUAGCUCCUUAUGUUUAAAAAUUGGAGGCUCGCCACCAUUUCAAAACGUCAAGUGGAGGUUUAACAAUAUAAUAAUUGUUCUUGCCGAAAACAUCACACCUAAUUACAAAGGCAAAGUGGAUUAUAACUCAAGUGACCACUCCUUGUGUGUCAAAAAUCUCACUGAGACAGACAGUGGCAACUAUAAGAUGUCACGUAUCAUUGCAGGCAAAGAUUCUAAUUUAGAAGAAUCAGAGGAAAUCCACAGACUAAUUGUUGAAGAUACUGUUCCCAGACCUGUCGUGAGUGUGUCAGGACGGCACUCCAACCUGUCUGCUGGACUCUGCAACAUCACGUUCAACUGCUCCAUCCAGGACGACUGGGCAUCGUCUGUCUGUGUUGAAGACAGUUGUAGAACAUCGCAGAGAUCAUUAUUCAGGAAGGUCAACAUCACCAUCUUCACUGACAACAGCUCUAUCAUCUGCAGUGGCAACAACAAUGUCAGCACAAGCAAUGUUUCUGAAAGCAUAAAGGAACUGUGCUUUAGAGAAUCUAACAUUAAGCAUGAAGAGGCACCAGAACAACCCACUGGGGUUGUAAUGGUAGUUUUGGUGUGUCUAUCCCUCUUUGCAUUUGUCGUUUGUGUCGCUAAGGAGAUUUCAACAGAAUAUAAUCAUCAGACGGAGACGUCCACUGCUCGGACAAUACAAAGCCAGGCAGUGGAGGCACAACCUGUGCCUAGAGUCUCCACCUCUUCUUCCAGUCAAGCUGAGGCCUGUUAUGAAAACGUGGAUCCCACACAGCCCUGCCAGACCAGCAGCCCAACCAUCAGCCAAAGAGAUGAGUUGGGGUCCCAGCAAAGUCAGAAAGUAGAUACUGUCUACAGCUUUUUACAGGUACCAACUGUGACUUCCUCUCUGAGUAAGAUUGACGGUAGUAAAGGACACAAGAAUGUACAAGAGGCUUUGACUUCACAGUAUUUCCCCCAGGAGGAGGCACAGCACCCUGCGCAAAUUGACACAGUGUACAGUGUGUUGCAAAAGCCCAAAAAUUAAAGUCACAGCACCACCAAUAGGUCAAACAAGAUAUUCAGAAGCCAAAGAGAUGACAUAAUGAGAAAGAAGCCUGUUAGACUCUGUAAAAGCCAGAAUGAUCAUAUCACAGUCAUACAGUAUUAACUUGUAACUGGCGGAUACAUCUUUAUGGAUUGUGCAUGUAAUAAAUUUCUUUUACAGUGUUUUGGUCUUGUAUUAGUUUUCUUUCAGAAGAGAUUGCAGUGUAUUUU